UUUUAUGCCGUCUAUACUAUAAUACUGAAAUCUUGUUAUGAUUCUCUAUAAUAUAUUAGAAAUUGUUAGAAGAAGAAACGAAAAUGAUGUUCACAAUUGGUAACCGUGUGUUUACCAUAUGACAAUAUAUACCCUCAAGAAGAAACCACAAUGAUCUUCAGAAUUGAAGAUGUAACGGUGUAUUUCCCAUAUGAGGAGAUAUACCCAGAACAACGUCAAUACAUGGUUGAACUAAAACGAACCCUAGAUGCAAAAGGACAUUGUUUACUCGAAAUGUCGACUGUGUCCGGAAAAAUAAUUGCCCUUCUGUCAUUGAUCAUAAGCUACAUACACUCCAAACCUCAAUCACCACUAAAGCUCAUAUAUUGCACUCAGACUGUACAUGAUAUGGAAGAGAUUUUAGACGAGCUUAGACUACUUCAUGAUUACAUGGUUGAGUCUAUCGGUCCUGCUGCUAAGAUGCUUGGGCUUGGACUGUCUUCGAGGAAGAAUCUCUGUAUUAAUGAUCACGUUCUUGCUGCCGAAAAUCCUUCUGUUGAUGCUGGUUGUCGGAGAUUGACAGCUAGCUGGGUUAGGGAGGUGGCUGCGGACAACCUGGAUGUUCCUAGUUGUGAGUUUUUUGAGGAGUAUCAAAGGGCCGGUUCUGCUGCAGUUCUUCCUCCUGGUGUUUAUACGUUACAGGAUCUGAGAAUGUUUGGGGAGGAGAAAGGGUGGUGUCCUUACUUUUUGGCACGACAUAUGAUGCAGUUUGCCAAUGUGGUGGUUUGUAACUACCAUCAAUAUUUACUUGAUCCAAAGUUAGCGUCAAUAGUAUCAAAACAAAUGCAGAAAGAAUCCGUUGUCGUAUUUGAUGAAGCUCAUAAUAUUGACAAUGUUUGUAUCAACUCACUCAGCGUGAGUAUGAGGGUGCAAACUGUUACUGGUGCUAAGAGUAAUAUAACCAGGAUGCGUCAAAAAAUUAAGAAGGUUAUGGCCACAGAUGCAAGUAGACUCCGGGAUGAAUACAACACACUUGUGGAGGGUUUAAGAGGAGAUCUUCCUGCUACGGAUGUUUGGCAUGCAAACCCAGCUUUGCCUGAUGAUAUACCAAAGGAGGCCGUACCUGAACAUAUAUGUAAGGCUGAAGAUUUUAUGCAGGUUCUGCAGAGAUUAGUUGAGUACCUUGAAGAGCGCAUGGAAACUGAGCAGCCGGAGAGGGAAAAUCCUUUUGACUUUGCUGUAUCUAUUUUUAAAAAGGCUGAAAUAGACCAAAAAACAUUGAAAUUCUGUUAUGACCGUCUUCAUUCAUUAAUGAUGACACUGAAAAUUACAGACACUGAUGAAUUCCUUCAUAUCCAAACGAUCUGUAAUUUUGCCACACUUGUGGGUACUUAUUCUCCUGGUUUUUCCAUUAUUAUAGAACCGUGUGACGAGGCUAUGCCUGAUAUUCAUGAUCCUGUAUUGCAGCUUUGUUGCCAUGAUGCUUCUCUAGCAAUAAAACCUGUUUUCGAGCGAUUUCAGUCGGUUGUGAUUACAUCUGGCACAUUAAGCCCCAUUAAUUUGUACCCCCGCCUUUUAAAAUUCAGCCCUGUUGUCAGUCGAAGUUUCAAAAUAUCUGUACCAAGAGAUUGCAUAUGCCCUAUGGUCCUUACCCAUGGCAGUGAUCAGCUCCCAGUCAGUACCAAAUUUGAUAUGAAAAGUGAUCAUGGGGUGUUAUCUAAUUAUGGAAAGAUCUUAUUGAAUAUGUCAUCAUAUGUUCCAGAUGGGAUUGUAUGUUUCUUCCCCAGUUAUUUGUAUAUGGGAGAUAUAGUCAGUAGCUGGAAUGCAAGUGGAGUUUUAAAUGAAAUUGAGCAAAAUAAGCCCAUCUUUUAUGAGACUCAAGAUCUGGAAGAAACCCGAUUAACGCUUGCUAAUUACCGCAAUGCUUGUAAUAGUGGAAAAGGUGCUAUUUUUUUAUCAGUUGCCGGAGGAAAGGUUGCGGAACAUAUAGAUUUUUAUCAUCAUUAUGGCCGUCUGGUAAUCAUCUAUGGGGUUCCUUAUCAGUACACAUCAAGCAGGAGUGUGCUUGCACGCCUAGGAUAUCUAAGCAUGUUUUGUAAUAUUAACGGAGGAGAUUAUCUCACUUUUGAUGCCUUGAGAAAAGCUGCAGUAUGCGUGGGCCGUGUAAUUCAUUCAAAGGCUGAUUAUGGGAUGAUGAUUUUUGCAGACAACGGGUAUUGUGGUUAUGGUACACUUUCCCAUUUGCCUGGUUGGAUACGCUCUCAGUUAGAUGAUGCCAACUUGGACUUGAGCACUGACAUGGCUGUGAAUAUAGCAUGCGAGUUCUUCGAGAAAACAGCGCAGCCAUAUGGGAAGACUGGUGGUGGCAGUGAGAUACAAACUCUAUAUAUAUGAUAUUUUGUAGUGAAGCUUUUUACUUUAGUAUAUACAGCACAGUUUAUGCUAGAAAGUUUGUUGAGACUUCUAAGAUAUGUUUAAAAAAAUUUAAUCUUGAUCAAAUUUAUUUUCUAAGAUA